UUGGCACAGAUGUUAGCUCAGGGCCAAUCUUCCUCACCAAAAAGAAAGAAAGAAAGAAAAAGAAGAGAACUUCACCACUGCCUUUAGCCCACAGAGUCAGUGUUAGUAAAACAUUCAUCAGAUCAUCCUCCUCUGUGACCUGGAAGAACCCAGAGCCCUGGGUUGAGGUUAAGUCAGAGAAAUGGAGUUGAACUGGGGGAGGGAUGUGCUCUAACCAUCAUGCUGCCCUGCCAGUUGACGGUCGCCCUUGACGUGGGAUGCUUGUGGGAUGGCAGAGCUGGAAGAAACUUCAGGAUUCAUCCACUCCACAACUCCCUUACCUUACCCAUGAGAAAACUGAGAGCCCAGAGAGGGAGAAGGCUUGCCCAAAGUUACACAGCUGGUUAAGAAGCCAACUAGAACCCAAGUCUCUGUCUGUCUUUACUGACUUUGCUGCUCCAUUUGUUUUCCUCUCUGAGAAGUAGAAGAGGCUAAAGUUACAUGGGGGCAGGAGAGUGAAGCCGUUUCCCUCAGGGCCCCUGGUUCUUCAUCUGUUAAAUGGGAAUAAUUAUGCUUCUCUACCAACACACCCACCUGUUCGUGAAGCUCUGGUGAGUAAAUACAGGGGAAAUGACUGUAGUGGCAGAAACGUCUACCUGGUGGCAACAGGACCCCAGAUUGGAGGAGACUGCCUGGGAUCCGAGGUUGGGCAGGGAAGAUGGACUUAGAAGAUGUUGGUUCACCUUGUCAUCCUCCCCAGGUGGGGCCCAGGCCUGGGUUGCCAUGGAUACCGUGUCCCUGGAGCAUCAGAUCCAGAGCGUGCAACGCCACAUCAGCUUCCUGAAAAAAGAGCAGAUGGCCCUGCUGCGAGACCUGCACCUGGAAAUCCUGAGGCUGCAGAAACGCUGCUCAGAACUGACCCAUGACCUGGAGUUGAGAGAGGCCCAGUCUCACCAGCAAGAGGCGGCGUCCCGGGAGCUGGAGAGCAAGUGCCGCGCGCUGGAGUCCCAGCUGGCGGCGCGGGCGGCGGCCAACGCGGAGCUGCGGCGGGAGGUGGCGCAGCGCGAGGCGCUGGUGUCGGCGCUGCGCUGCAGCCUGCGCGCCGAGGAGCGCCGCUUCCUGGACGAGCUGCGUCGCCGCAGCCACCGCGCCACCGUGCUGGGCACCGAGCUGCAGAAGCACACCGAGGCGGCCGCCUACCUCUCCUGCCAGCUGCACGCGGUGCGCCAGAGACUGCAGACUCCGCGCCCGGGCCCCGGCGCCGCCGCCGAGCCCCGGCCCCGCCGGCGCGCACAGCGGGCCCGCCGCCUGCCCGCCGCCGCCGCGGAGGCCGCCGCCAAGGGCCCCGGCCGGGACUGGGCCGCCUGGGACCGCGCGGCCGGCGCCCUGGACGACGCCGAUGCCAUGCCCGACCCCGCGCUCUUCCUCUACGCCCGGAGGCCCCCGCGGCCCAGCGGCCGCAGCCCGCGCCAGCCGCCCCCCCAGGAGCCCCCGGACGAAGCCGGCCCGCAGCCUGGGGCCUGCCGGAGCCCGCCGGCCGCGCCCAGCCCGCCCGGUGCGCCCGGGGACCCGGAGUAGGCGCGGUGUCGGCGGGGUGGGGAGGGCGGGGAGGCAGGGCCGGGCAACGGCUAGGACGCAGCUCGGGCCGCGCUGGCAGGUCCCCGAGGCCGAGGGAGUCGGUCCCUCCUCCAGGGGGCGGGCGGAGGCGGCCCCCGCUCCCCAACCCCGUCCCACCGCCCCCGCCUUUUGUAUUUCCCGAUGUUUCCGAAGCUUCGAGCUCUCCCCUCCCGCGAGGAAGCUCCUGCGCGGGGCUCAGCGAUUGCACCUUCUUUUGUGGCGUGGACUCGCAGUGCCGAUCCCCACCCAGCCAUUGGGAGGGGAGGGGGCAGGUGUCACGCCCUGCCCCGGGAAAGCUGACAAUCGUUUGGCGGGAGGGAGAACGCUGGGCUGGCCUCCGGAAAGGAACAAGAGUGGCACUUAGCACCCUUGGGCCUUCUAGCCCCUCCCUGCGGCCUCCCCGCGCCCCGCACGCCUGCCCUUCCCGCCGAGCCUUGCUCCGCGGAGAAGCUCGGCGGCGGGCUAGAGGCUGGGCCUUUCCCUCGGAAGCCCCGUCUCCUACCCCUACGCCGCUGAUAGGUCCUUAGGCGUGAGCACCGAACACUUUAGAAGAACCUCCUCGCAGAGCUCCUGGUGGAGAAAGUGUGGCCUGAAGGAAGUUUGAACUUAUGGAAAGUAGCAGCCAUAGACCCUUAGAGAGGAUUACAGAGUGGCUUUGGCAGCAGGACCUGGUGUAGAGCUGUCUGCAGCUCGGUUCUUUCCCGGGAUGCCGACCAGGUAUUUAGACUAGGAGCUGAGCUGGGGACGUGAGGGGGAACGCUCCAGAGUCGGGCCGCCCUGCCAGAAUGUGGAAGGGCAGCAACUGCCUUCAGGAGGUCGCUGGGAACCUGAAGGCUGCCCUGGGAGUUGUCCUAGUCCUGUUUAUUGGUGCUCAUUUUGCCCAGCUUCCUAAUUAGCUGGCUGCACCCAGAGGCGGGAAAAGUACCCGGCUGCUUGGAAGUGGCAGUUGUUAGAGGUUUGAGUUUGCUGGGGCGGGAGAGCGCAGGUUAGUCCUCAGCCUGGCCCCCUCCAGGGAGGCCCCCAAUCCUAUCAGGUGACGGGGUGCAUGGUGCCCUUCUGUCUUGGUUGGGGAAUGGCCAGAUGGAAAUGGAAGGCCCCCACCUCCAGCUGCGUUGCUCCCCUCUCCCGACCGAAGGCAGGCAGUGCAGUUCCAGUCCAGCUGGUUGCCCCUCCCCCCAAGCCCAGCCUAGAAAGACACACCGCUAGAGCCCUCCCAGCCCCACGCCAUUCCUCCUCUGUUGGUCCUGCAUCGAGUCCUAAGUGCCUGUGAGGUCUUCCAGGGGCUGCCGAGGGAGGACAUGGGGUAGGGAGAGGCCUUUACCUCCCUCAUAAACACCGCAUUCUGGCAGGUCCCCACCCUGGCUGAGGUCGUGCAUUCUGUGUCACCCCGGGAUCCGGGCAGUGAGCAGAGUCAAUCUCUAAGGGUGAUGAACCCUUCUCCCCGUACGGCCGGCAGUGAAGAAGAGGGGGGAAGUCAGGAAUCAUAUCCUCUUUCACUCUAUAUGUUAGAGGGAGGGGGAAAUCAGCAGGAAGCAAACCCAGUGAGCACACUCCCGCCUCACACCGACAUGCAGCCCCUCCGGGCUGGCCACACUCAGGGCUGCUGAGACCACUGAGCAAUAACCAGGCCUGGUCUGGGCGUCCAGCCACUGGGAUCAGAUGGCCAAGGUGUGGCCACCCUUGGGACAGACAGUGCUCUCUAGUCUAACCUGAGCCACAGUAGUGGCCCAGGGUCCUUGCUCUGCCUGCCCCUGCCUCUACCCCCUGCCCCAGUUCUCUGGUUGAGCCUCUGCCUUCUGUGUCCCCCUUCAAGUGUGUGUGAUGCUGUACCCCUCGUCCUGUCGCCCUCCCUUUCAGAAUGGGUCUGUGUGAGGAGGCCUCUCUUCUCUCUUGACUGCACUCACAGAAGGAGCCCAGAGGAUGUGGGAAGGAGGGAAAGGGUCUCUUUCUGGAGGCACCCCCCAGACCUUCAUCUUCCACAACCACACUUUUGGGGUGAACAGGGUGACUUUGUUACGUCGCUUCUUCUACAGAGAUGGUGAAGUACUUGAUCCACCUACCCACCUACUAAAAGCCAUAGCAACACCCCCCUGGCCUCCCCCUGGCUCUAUAGCAAUAGCCCUCUUCCCCCUUCCCUCCUGGGGCCCCAAGGUGUCCUGCUGGGGCUCCCACCACACCCCCACCCCAGGGAUCCUCCGGUGGCCUGCCUGUCUCUCCCCAAGUGACCCCAUCAGCACCUCCCAACUCCUGUCCCUGUUCUAGCACCAGAGAUAAUGACAUUUAAUUGUUUGUGGGGUGCUUGGAGAGCCCUGAGAUGAAAGAAAGUCCUAAGUGCGGGGGCGGCUGAGUCACUGAACGUCAGAGGUAUUGGGCCCCCUUGGAAGGGAAAUAAGGCGAUCCUCCCCCCUCCACUAGCAGGCUGGAGGAGGGGCUGCGGCUGAUACAGGGUCUCAAUUUUAGCAGAAAUUCCCUUUCCCCAUCUGUCUCCUGGAAAUAAUGGACUAGAGACUCCCCUCCAGCUGCCUGCUCCGGGUUUUGGAACAGAACACUUGGUGCAGCAGAAUGGGACUGGGAGUCAGUGGCCUGCUUGGCCUCAGCCUCAGGGUUGGGAGAGGCCCUCCCCGUCCCCUAGCCUGGGGGACCCACCCUGCCAAAGGAAAGACUCCUUCCCACGAGCUCCUGGAAGGUCUGGGUAACUAGAAGGGAAAGGAUUCUUUCUCCUCCUGGCUUCUCCCCUCUUCUCUGCUGCACGAAACCCCAGCGGGGCAGGGGUGUGUUGACAGAGACAUUCAGGGGCCCUAGUUGGAGCUCCAGCCACACCCCAAGUGUGCACAGACCAGGAAGGAAAGUGCAGGUGGGGAACCCUCCCUGUUCUGGAAGCCAGCCAGGGACCAAGGGGCAAUGCAGCAUGAGGCUCUGAACCCCUGCCCCCCAUCCCACCCACAGUGGCCUGCAGUUGAGGGGACCAGUCCAGGGCUGAAAUGGGGUAGCCCUUCUCCAAAUAAGCAGCAGAAUAGAGGCCUCCCUGGUAGAGAGGAAGGGGACCGAGAGGGUGUGGAGCAGCAUGUCCUCAGUGCGGAGGGUGGGGCAUCCCUAAGCGCCCUCUCGCUGAGGCGCCAGCCUUGAAUGGGGGACAGGCAGGGCUUCAGAACCCCCUGGCAGGAGCCCCGUGAGCAGGGCAGAGGCAUCCUGCUCCAAAUUCUCUGUUGGCUGCGCUUUUUAAUCCAAUGCUUUUCAGAGUGUAUUCACUCACCCACAGAAAUAGAGCCCUGUGCUUUAGGGGUGACUGUCAUAUGCCUUAUUCUUAAUAAAAUAUCUGAAAAACA